AUGGCCUGCACUUGGGCUAAGACAGGACUCUUCAUGCUUGCAACUUCAUUUAUUUUCUCUCUUCUUUCACACACAGAUCAACUUGACAUCAUUUCAAUGGCUGAAACAACAAUGAUGCCUGAGGAAAUAGAACUAGAGAUGGCAAAGAUCCAGAGACUUCGGGAAGUCUUAGUCAGAAGAGAAUCAGAACUCAGGUUUAUGAUGGAUGACAUCCAGCUGUGCAAAGACAUUAUGAACCUUAAGAAGGAGCUGCAGAGCUUGGUAGCUAUCCCAGAAAAAGAAAAACAAAGAUGGAGAAACAAAGAGAAGAUGAACUGAUUCAGAAGAUUCAUAGACUGGUG